AUGUUGCAACAUCCUAAGUAAAAUACAAAUAUAUAUGAACUUCUACCAGAAGUAUCUAUAAAAAUGACUCAUAUUUCAUAUGCCAAUGCAAUUAAUUAGAAAAAAACUCUUAUAAUCAUAGGUGCAGGUCGUAAGAUUAAAGUGUUUGAAAUCCCUUACAUAAAUGGACAACCAGGAUAACUAAAAGAGAUUUAAAAACUUAAAGAACAUUCAAAUGAUGUGGUAUCCCUUAAAUUCUUUAACCUCCCUUAAUUAAAUGAUUCAUUCAUAUCUGGUUCAUCAAUGGUUGAUAAUUCAAUAAUAAUAUGGUCAAAGUUACCAAAGCAAGAUGGCUCUAUUUGUUAUGGACUUUAAUAAAGAUUGAAAGGACAUGUUGAUUCAGUGACAAAUUUACUUAUUCAUCCAAUUAGAGAAGAUAUUAUUAUUUCAGGUUCUCAAGACACAACAAUCAAAUUUUGGUCAAAAGAUCAUUAAUGGGCUUGUUAAUAAACAAUUAAAGACUUUUCAAGACCUAUAAAGGAUUUGGCAAUUAAUUAUGAAGGAAACAAAUUAGUAUCCUGUUCAGAUGAAAAAUUCUUUUUAAUAAUGGAACCAGAUUAAUAAUCUUAAUGGAUUGUUAAAUAAAAAAUAAAAUUCCCUUAAGAAAUUAUUCGAAUAUGCUUUAUUACUAAUGAUAUUUUGACAGUCUUACAAAAUAAGGGAACUUAACUUCACUUUUUCAUUUAAAACUAGCAUUAGCACUUCACAAAAUCAUUAGAUCAUUUAAAAAUAGCAGAACCUGGUGAUUCUUGUUUUGGAUUAUUCCCGCCAUGUUAUUCUUCUAACACAGACACCCUUUUAAUAAAGAAUGGAAAUAAAGUCAAUAUAGUAAAAUUCAAAUUUCCAAUUUCCAAAGAAGGUGUUAAGAAAAUGGAUAGUUAAGGAGAUUGGACUUGCAAAUUAGAAUAAGUGAUUGAAUUUAAUGAUAACUUUUUGUUUGGUUCUAUGAGUUAGGAUGGAGAAUAUAUAGUAUUAUGGGAUAUUAAUUCAUUUAAUAUUCAAAUUAGAAAAUACAUAAACCAAUAAUGA